CUCCGACGCUCCUGACUCUCCCGGAGCGUCUUUCUUGGUCGGCUCCCCCGCGCCCCGCUUUCCUUGGCUCGUAACGCACCACAUCUUCCUGCCGACGCUGCGCGGCACUGCUCGCGCGCUGGCCUCGUCUUCUUGAUCGAUCCCCGCAAGCGCCUUUUAGGCCUCUCGCGCAAUUCCGCUUGUCUUAGCCGCCCCCUGCCCUCGUCGUCGCCCAUCAUUCCGCCCUCCCCUCCUCUCCUCUCGAGUCCUCCAGAAGCCAUCGAAGCGAUCGGCUCUUUCUUGCUUCUCGUGACGGAGUUGGAAUUGUUGUGUGAAAUUUUGGUCGGAAUUCGUCGGGAUUUCGUCGGAAUUCCGAAGGUUUUUUAAUUGUCGGGGCAGGCGCUGAGUUUGUGUUCGGUUCGGUCGCGGUCUCCUCGAGCUUGGGAAUCGAGCGACGUGCGGAGGAGUGUUUUCAGAUAUGGUGGGCAUGGCACCGGCUCUCGGUGUCUCGCAGAUGACUUGCAGCUCCAGCCGCUCUCUGGCUUCCAGGGCUGCGGCUCCGUGCGGGCCGUCGCUCGCUUCUAGAGCUCAGUGGUCGAGCCCACGCAGGACUAGUCUCAGAGUUAGAGCUUCUGAGGAAGUGACGGAAUGCAACGAGGAGGAAUGCGCGCCGACGAAAGAGGUUGGGAAGCUGAGCAUGUCAUGGGAAGCGCAGGAAAAGACCAAGGUGACAGGCACAUUCCCCCCUCUUGCAAGACAGGAAAGGAAGUGGACAGGUUACGUCGAGAAAGAUACGGCCGGACAAACCAACAUCUACUCCGUCGAGCCCACCAUGUACGUCGCAGACAGCGCCAUUAGCUCUAACUCAGCUGGCACUUCUUCUGAAGGAGCGGAGAACAACUUGGCAGUGGCAGGCUUCCUGUCGCUGUUCGCUGUCGCAGGAGCUGCCACUGUUUUAUUUUCAGUGACCAAGAAUGUUCCAACCCCACCAGAAAUCACAGUCGGAUACACUGGUCCGGCUCUGAGUUACUAUAUUGCAAAGUUUUCCCCAGAACAACCUGCUUCUGUGCCAGCAGUGAUUGAGGAAGCAGUUCAAGCUGCCCCAGAGCUCUUAGUGGACGACACUUCAUCACCCUCAGUUGCCUCCGAGGCUGCAGCCGAAGCUGCUGUACCUGUAGAUUCCAGCGCCUGAUUAAUCUCUUCGUCAUGACUAUGGAAUGGGAGCCACCAACUUUGGAGACUCGAGGAGGAGGAAUUGGGUCUUUUAUUUGUCGAAAGUUCCAUUGGAUUUGAAAACCAGGGUUUCUUCACACUCCAAUCCAAUCUGUUUUGUACUCUACGAGUAAAAGUAGAAGGAAGGAAAGUAGGUAUCAAGUCUUGUAACCACAACAACACCUCGAAUGGAAAAUGCAUGUCCAGAAAUGGUGUGGAUAGCGUGUGGGAAGUGACGGUGCCGAUAGGGAACAACAUUUUCGUUGAGAGAAGUUUGACUGUAUUAUUUAACUCGCCGGGGUCGUGUUGUAAUUUACAGGUAGAAAAACGAUUCAUUAAUUAGAAAGCAGGUUUAAAUGAAGAAAGUUCUUGAUGUAUGUGCUUCAUCGUAAUUAGAACUUUCGAUGAUGUAAGUCCGAAAUGUGAACUGUCUCAUUGCAUGUCGUGAAAAAAUAGCUUUACACUGCCAAUGUGCUGAAAUGUGUACUGCACCAGCAUGUACACAUCCCUUGACAUGU